CACGGCCACAGCAGCCCGGCCGGCCACACAACACAAGAACGUUCGCACACACGUGGCACCUACCACCACGCACGACGCCGUGCGUGAUGAUGAGGGCUCUCCCGGCGACGGCCGGGGGCCGCGGGGCGGUGGCCUGCGCUACCGCACCCGUCCCCCGGAGGUCCCUGCUUCUCUCCGCCGCCGCAGGUGCGGCGCUGAACGCGGAGCAGCUGCCGCUGCGGCUGCCCAGGGGCGCGGCCGGCGCGGCGGCGAAGAUCCGGGCCUCGGCGGCCACCUUCAGCAGCACGGACGACGCCCUGGCGUGGGCCAAGAAGGACAACCGCCGCCGCCUCCACGUCGUCUACCGCGUCGGCUACCUCGACAAGACAAUCAAGUUCUACACCGAGUGCCUGGGGAUGAAGAUGCUGAGGAAGAGGGACAUCCCCGAGGAGAAGUACACCAACGCGUUCCUCGGCUACAGGCCUGAGGACUCGCACUUUGUCGUCGAGCUCACUUACAACUACGGGGUCGACAAGUACGACAUUGGCGAAGGUUUCGGCCAUUUCGGUAUUGGAGUUGACGAUGUAAGGCUCCAGAUUGAGCUCGUGAGAGCAAAGGGUGGCAAGGUGACCAAGGAGCCCGGGCCGAUCAAGGGCAGCAAGACCGUGAUCGCGUUCGUCGAGGACCCUGACGGUUACAAGUUUAAGAUCCUUGAGAGGCCGGGUACCCCGGAGCCCCUGUGCCAGGUCAUGCUCCGCGUCAGCGAUCUCGACCGCGCCAUAAGCUUCUACGAGAAGGCUUGUGGCAUGGAGCUGUUACGGAAGAGAGAUAACCCUGAAUACAAGUAUACGGUGGCCAUGAUGGGGUACGGCCCUGAAGAGAAGAAUGCAGUCCUUGAGCUGACCUACAACUACGGCGUCUCCGAGUACACCAAGGGGAACGCGUAUGCCCAGAUCGCCAUCGGCACCGACGAUGUCUACAAGACGGCCGAGGCGGUGAACCUGUUCGGGGGGCAGGUGGUGAGGGAGCCGGGGCCACUGCCGGGGAUCAGCACGAAGAUCACGUCCAUCGUGGACCCUGAUGGCUGGAAAUCGGUGUUUGUCGAUAACACUGACUUCGCCAAGGAGCUGGAGUAGCCUGUAGCCAUGGAGAGCGAAAUGUUUUUGUUCCUCUUUGUUCAUUGCCUCGUGAGGUCUCCCUCGCGGCGCGUACGUGACCUUGCAAAACGAUCCUUUGUGAACAAUAAGGAACAAAGAAUACAAAGCUGACUAUUGGUUCCAACA